AUGACAUCCCUUGCUGCCAUAAAGACCGCUACUACUACCGUGAAAGAGCCGAACGAUGGUCUCAAGCGUCCGCGUCGACUGUCUGUAACCAAUGCGAACGCGCUGGCCAACUUUAGUGAACUGCAAUCGCGCUUUUGCGACCACCGUCUCGUGGUGUUCCUGGACUACGACGGUACGCUGACGCCUAUUGUGAACGACCCGGCGCUGGCAAUGCUGUCGCCUAUGAUGAAGGACACGCUGGAAAAGCUGCGCGAGAAGUUCAUCACAGGAGUGAUCACGGGCAGGUCGCUGCACAAGAUUCAGGAAUUCGUGAGCAUCCCACAGUUGUACUACGCCGGUAGUCAUGGGUUUGAUAUUAAAGGUCCUGAUGGCACUUUCAUCAAGAACCAAGUGGCGGCACAGUUUCUCUCGGACUUGCAUGGGGUUCGUGAUGAACUGAAAGACCAGAUCAAAAACAUUGCAGGUGCGGAAGUAGAAGACAACAUUUUCUCGGUGUCGCUGCACUACAGGAACGUUGAUCCCGCGGUGCAGCCACAGAUUGCAAGUCUUGCGUACAACGUGCGAGACAAGCACUCACGUAUCAAAUUGAGCGAGGGCAAGAUGGUCUACGAGUAUAAGCCCAAGAUUGACUGGAACAAAGGCAAGGCGCUGUUGUGGCUCUUACAAGCGCUAGGGCUAGACGAGCACAAAGAUGUCUAUACUAUUUAUAUCGGCGAUGAUACCACAGACGAAGACGCGUUCCGACUUUUCCAGGGGCACUACAAUCGCAAAGGCGUAGGCAUCUUGGUUACCGAGGAGAGCAUGUCGACGGACGCUUUGUUCACACUGCGUGACACGAACGAGGUCUGUGAGUUUUUGAAUCGCUUGAUCGCGUGUAGCAGUCUGCAUUCAAUUGACUCACCCUCGGUGCAGUAG